AUGUCGACGACGAAGCAAAGCUCAGCACAAGGCAAGGUGAACCCGGUGUUCUCUCUGAGCUCUGGUGCAUUUGCUGGUGCCGUAGAAGGAUUCGCAACGUACCCCAUCGAGUACACAAAGACCGUAGCACAAUUUUCGACAAAAGCUGGGGAAAAGCCGCCAAAUCCAAUCAAUAUUGUUCGUGAGACAGUGACAAAGUAUGGUGUGCGUGGCUUGUACAGUGGAUGUGGUGCCCUCGUAGCAGGGAAUGCACUCAAGGCCGGCGUGCGGUUCCUCUCAUAUGACCACUUCAAGUCCAUGCUCAAGGACGAGCAUGGCAAGUUGACGGCGCCUCGAAGUCUGCUUGCCGGCCUGGGUGCAGGUAUGAUGGAGGCCAUCUUCGCUGUGACGCCGUCUGAAACAAUUAAAACGAAGCUAAUUGACGAUGCAAAAAGCCCCAAGCCCAAGUACCCACCCAAUCUCGUGGCCGGCUCCAUCGCGAUUGGCUCAUCGCGCCCAGGACAGCCGUUACCAGGCGGUGUGACGUUCGGCAUAGGCGCAGUUGCUGGGGUUGUGACCGUUUAUGCAACGAUGCCCUUGGAUGUCGUCAAAACACGGCUGCAAACACUGCAUGGCCGUGAUCAAUACAAGGGCACAUUCGAUUGCAUGGCCAAAAUCCUGCGGCACGAAGGACUCUUUGCUUUCUGGCGAGGAGCGACACCGCGUCUCGCACGACUGAUGCUGAGCGGCGGCAUUGUGUUUACAGUGUAUGAAAAGAGCAUGGAUCUGCUUCAAAGCACAUUUGCCUAA